GUCGAAACGAGGAGUAGAGGACAGCAAACUUGCAGAGACCCAUAAUGCCUUAACUUGUCCAGGUUAUGUCUACGGCAGCGAGAGGGUUAACCAAACGGUGUCGCAUAAUAAAGGAGGAGCGUUACAUGCACACGAACUAGUAGGCUGCCUUACAAUACCACAGUUUGGACUAAGAUAGAUUAGAACACUAGCGUUAACUCAGUUUGUCAGGGAUGACCACAUCACCGAAUUGUAAAAAUAACUAAGCAACAGGCUAUUUAAAAUUACUUUACUUAGGCCUACUUUUCUUCGUGACGUAAAUUUGCCAUCUCUAGCUGCAGUAGCCCAGGAGCCUAUGAUAGAAGCCUAGGCUACAAGGUCGCAUAGAGAAGCUAGCUUCUUUUUGUCUCAAUAGGCUACGUGUAUGCUAUUCAAUAAGCUAUAUUAACCGCUAACACAUUGUAGCCCACUCAUCUUUAAAUGUAACUGCCGUUUUAGCCACGUAAUCGCUGGCUGUGUCCUGUUAAAUCUGCGAAUUUCAAAUAAAUGAAGCUGCGUAUAAUUUGCUUCCAGACUAAUGAAUUCAGACGGAAAUUAGAGUAAUGUGCUGUCUAUAGGUCUACUAGUUAACUUGGUUAGUAAAACUGUAACAUUAAUCUAGAUUUUAUUUCUAGUAGCCUACAGGAGAGACGAUGUCACUGGGACAACAAUCUGAGAUUUGCUUUCCAACACAAGUGCAAGUCACUGUUGUUAGAGCAGCAGAUUUACAGCCAAAAGGAAAAAAUCGAACCAACGACGUUUAUACCAUUAUCCAGCUAGGCAAAGAGAAAUACUCAACUUCUGUGGCGGAAAAAACUUUAAGCCCUAUUUGGAGAGAGGAGGCUUCAUUUGAGCUACCAGGACUGCUUCUUGAGGGCAAUACAGAGGUAUUUCAACUAUGCUUGGUGGUCAUGCACAGGUCUCUGGUUGGCUUGGAUAAAUUUUUGGGACAGAAGACCAUCAACCUCAGUGAUUUUUUUAAUAACAAGGAGAGAGGCAAAACUGUCUGGUAUACGUUGGACUCCAAACCUGGGAAGAAGUGCAAAGAAAGAGGCAGGAUCCAGGUGAGCAUCCAGUUCACGCGCAACAACAAGACCAGCAGUAUGUUUGAACUCUCUGUGCAGUCCAAGCCUCGCUCACCUUUCUUCAAGCUCAAGGAUAAAAUGAAGGGCUGCAAGCAGCAUAGUGGAAACUUCUCCGACUCAUCUUCAGCUUUACCAUCUUUUGGACCAUGUAGUUCUAUAGCCAAGCCACAGCAUCAAGGCUCAGAGCAUCCUACUCAACUUCAGUCUGAACCCGAGCCUAUACAGUCAUUACUAGUAAGGAAACACAAACUUUCGGCUGCCCAAUCCCUAUCAGAUCUCAUUGGCUCCAACUUCUGCUCUAAAAUGGAUUCUGCGAGCGAAAAUGUUUCACCUCACUGGCACAAUCAAGCAGAAGGUUAUUCAGACACGAUGAGCAGUGAUCCCGUCUGCUGUGUCAAGGAUUGUAUGCCUCAGAAGUAUGCUACACUUCCACGAAAUCAUAACCCAUUUGAAGUGGAUCAGAAUGAGUUUUGGGAGCCCCGGGAGCAGAGUGAGAGGAAAGAAAAUGUUGAAGUCCUGAAGCGAAAGGCCUGGAAGAAGAGGGGGAAGAACAUGAAAGAUUACGGGCGCUCAGGCAGCUCUGGUAACCUGCAAUCAGCUAACCCUUUCAGAACAGACUUACUUGGGAACCACAACCCUUUCAACUCACACUACAGAGCCAAUGAUAAUAUGAGAAUGCCUGUCAGCAAGAGUGACCUCAGUGCCAAGCAAAGGACCUCACCAGGAAAGACAGGAAUUAACCAGAACAAAGAAUCAGGUCAUUGCCAAGCCUCAGUUCCAUCUUACAGCAACCUCUCAUUUGAUGAAGUUGUGCAGGAGCUGCUGAAACAGAAAGAAGUAGUGAAAAAAAAGGACGCUCACAUACGUGAGCUUGAGGAUUACAUCGAUGAUUUGCUGGUCAGGGUCAUGGAGGAGACACCUAGCAUCCUUAGAACACCGUAUGAACCAAAGAGAAAAGCUGAGAAGAUCUACAAAUGAAGCAAAGGAAGGUCACGGAGAGAAACAGUACUUCACACACAUUGAGGGUCAGCCUUUUUAUAUACAUGGUUUUAACAAACAUCAUCCAAACACUGUGUACCAAAGAUAAAUCAUUAAAGGAAUGGAAAAUCUAGUCACUGGCAAAAAUCUUAUACACAGCUUGAAGAAAUAUUCAUACACAUUGCUAUUCAUUCAUAUCAAAAGAAGCCUUGGAGAGAUACAUUUGUUGCAUCGGGAAUAGUGGUGGACAUGUAUCUAUUAUGUAUCAUCCCUUGGUGUGAGUGAGGCCAUAUAUUUGUUUGUUUUUGCUAGGGCUUAGAGUAUCUUAUUAUCUGCUUAGUAUCUCAUAUUCUGUUGACUAUUUUUGCAUCUUCUAAUUGCUUUCGGUCUCUCUGUAUCGUUCUCUAUUCAACUUUUUAGCUACUCGGUAGGCCCAUAUAAUUCACAUAUUCCAUUUAAUUAUUUUAAAAUCUCCAUUCAUCCAUUUCUGGGACCUUACCAUGUAUGUCUUAUUCUCUGUCAAUUGAAGUAUGUACACUUUUGGUGCCAAAGCUAUGAUGUUUUCGGCUGUAAUCAUGUACAAACAUAUGAAAACAAAUGCAAUGGAACAGUAAAACCAAUGAAAACCUG